UCAAGCUCAGCAAAAUGGCGUCUUUUUUUCUACAAUAGGAAUGUUCGCAACGUGUUUCGCUGUAGACAUUUCGAUUGUGUUCGGGUUUUAUCAUUUUUCUUCGUUUCGUAUCUGUCUGGUGAACGGUCGCAAAGAUGAAAGCACGUAAACUGAAUAAGGCAAAAGCAUGGUUGGUGUGUUGCGAAAAAUCACAAAUCGUCGAUUCUGAUUCGAGCGAUCGAGAAGUCGAGGAGCGGAAAGCGCGGAAUAAAGCGAAGAAGCCGCUGGACAAUAAGGAAGAGGAUAAAGUUGGGAAUAAAACGGAGAGCGAUGUGGAGAGUAAAGUGGAGAACAUAGUAGAAAAUCAGGUAGACAAGACGGAGGAGAAUACAGUGGGGAGCAAAACGCAGGGUGAUAUUGAGAAUGAAGUGGAGAAGAAAUUGGAGAACCACAGGGAUAAGAUAGAAAAUAAAUUGGAGGUCAAGACAGAGGACGAUGUUAAAACGGAGAAUCAGACGGACAAAGUAGAGGGUACAGAAAGGAACGAAACGGAAGUUGAUGUCUUGAAUGACGUGGAAAACAAAGUGGAGAACAAAGUGAAGAUAGACAAGACGGAGACUAAACUGCUGACCAACGCGGAGGACGAUGUCAAGAACAAGGUGGAGAACAAAGUAGAAGUCCAGAUAGACGAAGUGGCGAAUAAAGCGGGGAGCAAAAGGGAGAGUGUUAUCGAGAAUGAAAUGGAGAACAAAGGGGAGAACCAGAUAGACGAGACGGAGAGUAAACUACUUGCCAAGACGGAAGGUGACAUUGAGAAUAACGUAGAGAAAGUAGAAGAUAAAGCGGGAAGUAAAAUUAACGAUGAUAAUAUCGAGAAUAAAAUAGAAAGUAAAGCAGAGAGUCAGACGGAUCAGACGGAAAAUAAAUUGCGGACCGAAACGGAGAGUCAUGUUAAAAUAGGGAAUCAAGAGGAGAACCAAGUAGAAAAUAAAAUGGGAAGAAAGGCGGAAGACGAAGUCGAGAAUGUGAUAAAAAUCAAAGCGGAAAGCAAAGUGGAGACAGACAUCAAUACCGACAAUAAGGUGGAUAAUGAAGAAAAGCAGGAAAAUGUUCCUCCCACGUCACACACAACGGAUCAUGGCUAUGAUUAUGAUCUCUUGGUCAUUGGCGGAGGAUCUGGUGGCUUGGCAGCAGCUAAGGAAGCCGUAGGACUGGGAGCGAAAGUUGCAGUUUUGGAUUACGUGACUCCUUCUCCUCUCGGAACUACUUGGGGUUUGGGCGGUACCUGCGUCAACGUAGGAUGUAUACCGAAAAAACUCAUGCAUCAAGCUGCGUUGCUCGGUGAAGCUGUUCAUGAAGCAGCAACGUUCGGUUGGCAGUUGGAUCCUAAGUCUGUGAAAAUUGACUGGGAAGCCUUGAGAACCGCUGUACAAAAUCAUGUCAAGUCUGUAAACUGGGUUACUCGCGUUGAGCUUAGGACAAAGAAAGUUAAUUAUUUCAACGCUCUUGGACAUUUCACGGACUCACACACAGUAGUUGGAGUUAACAAGAAAGGAGAAAAAAACAUUCUUACAGCUAAAAAUAUUUUAAUCGCAGUAGGCGGUAGACCUAGGUAUCCCGAUAUUCCUGGUGCUAUAGAAUAUGGUAUAAGUAGCGACGAUAUCUUCAGUUUGGAACGUGCUCCAGGGAAAACCCUUAUUGUCGGCGCUGGAUAUAUUGGUCUGGAAUGUGCCGGCUUUCUUAAUGGCUUAGGUUACGAUACAACACUAAUGAUUCGAUCGAUGGUGUUGCGUGGAUUUGAUCGGCAAAUGGCAAACCAUAUUGCCGAUGAGAUGGAGCAACGCGGUGUGAAGUUUAAUUAUGAGGCAAAGCUUAAGAAAGUUUCAAAACGAGAAGAUGGCCGUCUUCUAGCUGACUGGAUCGACAAGGACGGCGAAAUUCAUCAAGACAUAUAUGAUACUGUUCUAUUUGCCAUCGGUAGACGAUCGCUCACUCAAGAAUUGAAACCGGAAAACGCCGGAUUGAAACUUAUUCCAGAAACUGGCAAGAUUGAUGCAGUUAAUGAACAAACGAACGUUCCAAACAUUUACGCGGUUGGUGAUGUACUUCACAAAAAACCUGAAUUAACGCCUGUUGCUAUACACGCUGGUAAACUGUUAGCUAGAAGAUUAUAUGGUAAUUCGACCGAGAAAAUGGAUUACACAAAUGUAGCGACGACAGUGUUCACUCCUUUGGAAUAUGGUUGCGUCGGGUUAAGUGAAGAAGCGGCAGUUGCGCUCCACGGAGAAGAUGAGAUAGAGAUUUUUCACGCGUACUACAAACCAACGGAAUUCUUUGUACCCCAGAAGAACGUUGAUCGUUGUUACGUGAAGGUUGUCGCGCUUAGACACGGCGAUGAAACGGUGCUCGGAAUGCAUUUUGUCGGUCCUAACGCAGGCGAAGUGAUUCAAGGAUUUGCUGCUGCUAUUAAAUGUGGUUUAACAAUCCCGAAACUGAAGUCUACUGUCGGUAUUCAUCCAACUGUAGCGGAGGAGUUUACGCGCAUACAUAUUACCAAACGUUCAGGCUUGGAUCCUAAACCCCAAAGUUGCUGCAGUUAAAUCGAUAUGCACGUAGCAUCAUCGUGUUUUUCUCGAUUCAGAUUUAUACCGAUUAUUCAUUAGGAGAUACGCGAGUCGUACUCCUAUGGCAGGGAUCAGCUGAACAUCUUUCGGCUGAAACAGUUUUUCCGCUCUUACGUAAGAAAGCUCUGAAUUACCGCAGUAUUACAUAAAAAAACAGCGAAAGGAUAUAGAAUCCAGAAAGAGAGAACAGAUGAUUGUAAUCCGUUACGUCAAGUUAAUGUGACUUUUUAUACAUAUUAUUUUUCUAAGGAAUGCGCCUUAUGUCAUAUGCGUUAUCGACGUAAAAAAUUAUCGUGAUG